UCCCCCCGUCACCGUCAACAACCUCAAACUCAAAAUGAUCAUCUCGAAGCAGAACCGCAAGACCAUCUACACCUCCCUGUUCUCUCAGGGUGUCUUGGUUGCCCCCAAGAACUUCGAGGUCCAGCACCCCGAGCUCGAGGUCCCCAACCUGCAGGUCGUCAAGGCCAUGCAGAGCCUCACCUCCAAGGGUAUGGUCAAGACUCAGUUCAGCUGGCAAUACUACUACUACUCCUUGACCGACGAGGGAAUCUCUUACCUGCGAGAGUACCUUGCCCUCCCCGAGGAGAUCGUCCCCGCUACCCUGCGAAGGCCCGCUCGUCCUCAGCGAGGCCCCGGUGGAGGUGCUGGUGGUGCCCCCGGUGCCUACCGUGCCCCUCGAGGAGAGGGAGGUGCUGACCGUGGAGAGUACCGCCGAAGGACCGAGGGUGGUGACAAGAAGGACCAGGCUCCUUCUGGAGAGUACCGACCUCGCUUCGCCGGCGUUGGUCGAGGUGCCCCCCGUGCCGAGUAAAUGUUUGCUUUGCUUGCAUUCAUACUCAACAUGCCCAAUUACGACCGUCCACUACAGUGCCAACUUUCCUUCCAUGAACCCGUCAACACUCGCAGUCUCAAUUUCCCUCAUUUCCUGAUCGUCGGGCAGGUGCCCAUAGGACCCGACUUUGACUUCUCUCCUGAGAAGCUUCAGCCAGUCCACGAACAGACAUCUCCCUGCGUUGUGCGAUGAGCGAAUGGAAUGUCAGACAGCCUUGUAUUCUUCGUGUCGCUCCUCUUUCAAAAUACAAUUCGUGAACAACGAUCCCUGAUGAUCUCUGGUGUGGAUAAUGCGCUGGGGGGGAUAUCCUGCACCUGUUCCUAGGAACCGAGACCUCACCCUAUGGUCAAGCCUCGGGAUAACUGUCCGCAGAUAGCUUAUGUCCGAUGGUGGGCUUGCUUUGGACGGAGAAAAGCCAUCCAUACUAAAUAUAUUGAAUGAUGUC